UGUAACUGACUUGUCUUGUAGACGAUUUCGAAUGGACCAGUUGGAAAAUAAAGAAUCUUGGGAUAUCAAAUCUCACGAAACUAAACCAAAAUUCGAACAAUCAACGUCAUUACAUGAAAGUUAUCACCUAAAGCUGUGGAUUGGUACCAUCAAAAGUUUAAAACAAAAUCAUUCCGAUACGAAAACGGCGAUAUUCGGAAAAAAAGUCAUCGCCUAUGUUGACAUUUUAGGAACUGUAAUUGAUAAGUUAACUUACGAAAAAGCUGAUAUUUAUGUUUUGGAUGAUGGUUCUGGUGUCAUAUCCUGUCAUUUUGGAAAAAAGUCAGCUGAACUUGAUAACAUUGAAGAACUAAGACUAUCUCUUAAAAAUGAUUCAUCUAUUAUGCUCAUUUCUAAUCAAGAAGAUGAAGGUUUAGAAACUUUACUUACUUUACUGGAGAAAGAAAAAGGUGACUACACUAUAGGUGAUACUUUGCAUGUUCAAGGGAAAUUGAGUUUUUACAAAGAAGAGUGGAAAAUAUUUGGCAAUACUAUUCGUAGGUGCUGUUGAGUUUGAAGAAGAAAAUCAUAGAUGUCUUGAACUAGAUUACUUGUAUAAAAAUAUAUACAAAACAAAAUGAGUUCUGAAGCUGAAUCGAAGAAUACUGUACAAAAUAUUCGAGAUGAGAAUCGUCAAGAGUUUAAUAGAUUACGGAAAGAAAAACGUUACAAGGUAACAACAGUCCAACGAAGUGGCCUCGAACAAUUGCAGCCACGUACCUAUUCACCCGUAAAUCUCCAUUCUAUGGCUGCUACUUUAAGAAAGAGGAAGGGUGUCAACAGAGAAUUUCUCGCCGAUCUGAGUCAAGCAUUAGCAGAGUGCGAACAAAAUGCAAUUAUUUUCUGUGGCAUUGAUGGUUCUAUUCCAAGCUUAUGCACAUUUUUAACAGGUGGUGAUUCGACUUUACAAUUAGAAGCAGCUUAUUGCGUUGCUAACGCUGCUGUGUGGGAGGAUGAAACUAAAAUUGUUAGUCAGGUUGCUUCCGUAACUGGCGCUUACUUGAUAACUUUGCUGGGAAGUGGAAAUUCUUCUUUACAAGAAGCUUGUUGUUGGGCCCUGGGAAAUAUGCUACCACAGGGCAAGACUAUUUUAUCUGCCCAAGGUUUUUUGGAUAAGGUGUUGACCUUAUUUGAUUCUACUUUUGGAAAUGUUCAGACUUCUGCAGUUCAGUGUCUUAUCCAAUACGUUUCAACAAGCACCCCUGCGGAGGCCGAUUUGACGAAAAUUGCAGCGCACGUCGAUAAAUUGUUAAAUUCUAAGGAAUUAGAUGUCUGUUCAUUAUGCUGGCUGAAUUAUUUACUCUCUUUCUUCUCUUGUUGUGAUGCGAGUAUCUUAGUUAACGGAGUCGUUUUUUGGUCAUUAUGUCAACUUCGUAAGCAGUUAUCUGAAGAAAAAAAAGUUUCUGUCUUAGUGCCUUUGGUUCGAUUUUUCGGUAAUGUAUGUGCUUCUAGUGAUGAUCAUAUAAUCGCUUUACUGAAGGAAAGCGAUUUUAUCACGAUAAUUAUGCAACUUUUGAAUUUUUCUUACGAACCCAUUUGCAAGGAAACCUUGUUACUCGUUGCCAAUAUAGUUAACAAUCCUAGUACCAUUAUCGCAUCAGUCGUAGCAAACGUAAAAUUUAAAGAAUCACUAGAAAAAUCUGUUGGAAAUGUAUCUGCACUUUUCUGAGUUUUUCUUCCUAUCCUAAUACACAUCAUUUAAAAAAAUUCCCG